UCAUUGCUUAUAUUGCAUUCUUAUUACAGAGUUCUAUAUACUUCUAUAUAGAAGCAUAAUUACUGACAGUCCCUGUUGGCCUGCUUCAUGUGUUUUCAACUUUUGGUACCAGUACCACGAUCCAUGGCAAUGAGCACUGGACCUGCAGGAGCCACGGUUGACUUGAUCGAUGAGGCGAGCCCGAAUCGGCCUCCGCCUCCGCCUCCGCCCCCACCCCAAUCUCUCUUUCUUCUGCUGCUCCUUCGAGUCCUAAACUAAUGCGGGUAGAUGAGAAAAAGGGAUUCGAUAGGGGGCCGGAAAAUAUCCGCCUUUAUAUAUAUAAAUAACAACAGUCAACAACCCAAAACCCCUGAGGGGACGUCCCCGGCGACGACGACGGUCCGGACUUAGUCGAAUUGAUUCGAUGCAGGGCGGCGACGGCGGCGGCGAAAUCGAUCGCCGGCGACCGGACUCCACCAUGGAUGACGAGGAGAUGGAGACAGACGUUCCUCCAUCCGUCCGCAAGAGGAAGAUGGAGGAUCAGCCGAUGGAGGAUGAACCGGAAGAGGAAGAGGAGGAGGAGGAGGAAGAAGAGGUAAUCCGGGCGUGCGUGAUUGAGGGCAGCAAGCAUGCUGACGGAUCCAUCUACAGGCGGGACACGCACUUCUGCCACAGAGACUACUGGCUCAAGGACACCCGCGAGACUCCCAUGAAGCCCAGAAUCUUUGUGGAUCCAGUCACCAAGAAAAUCAUAACGGAGAGCAUAUCACUCCACGGAUGCGCCCUGAUGCAGAUCUUCUCGCUGAAGCUAACAAACCACUCCGCCAUUGCCCCUAACGCCGCCGGUCCGAUCAUGCUGUACGGCUUCGUGGCUGCCCGGGACCUCCUGCUGCCUCUGCGCAACUACGUCUUCAACCGCACCCGCGACGAUCCUCUCGUGCUCCACCGCGACCCAGACGACCCGUCCUCGCCGCUGCCGAUAAAGAUGGCCAGCCCUAAGAGGGCCAUCUGUCUGCAAGUUCGUGCCAUGAUCGAGUAUGACUUGCGGAUCAAGCGCGCGGCGACGGAGGAGGACGACGACGAGGACAAGGACCUGCAUCUCAUCGACGGCGCCGCCACCUUCAGCGAGCGGACCCCGUUCCACGGGACCUACACGAGCCGGAUCUGCGGCGACCAUGGCGCGGCGGUGGACGUCACCCUGGCGCUCCUCCGCCACGCGGUGGAAGCCAGGAUACAGGUCAGCGUAACCAAAGUGCCGGCGGCUGGCCUGAGCUUCUCGCUGUCCUGCUAUAGCAGCAGGAUCGCGCACGAGAUCGAGCUCUUCGACGGCGUCGUUGAUCGGCCAGGGAACAUCAAGCAGGGAUCAGGCGACGUCGUCAGGAGCAGCUUCGUGGUUGCUGUGGUGCACAAGUCUCCUCUGAUCCUGUGCUUUUCGUGGUUGCUGUGGUGCACAAGUCUCCUCUGAUCCUGUGCUUCAAGGUUGCGAAAGCCGGCGGCGGUGGUGAUGACGCGCAGAACGGCGGCGGCGGCGCUGCGAUUCAGAGUCAGACUCACAUGCGUGGCUACCCAGCUCGAGGGCGUGGGAGCAGCUGGGACUGCAUCCCACUUGAUUUCGGCCUCGGCUCUAUA